GUAACAACCACAAGGUGACCUGUUUAGACAGUUCAUACUGGGGUAUGUUUAAAUACAAACUAAACCAGAAGGGGUGAUGUGAGGCAGAGAAGCGCACACAGACAGCAUGGGAGAGGUGACAAGAAAUAGAUGCCAGCAGCAUUUUGCAGAGGAGCGCUGUGGGCUGGCUACACCACCUGUCCUGCUACAUUCCAACUCCUGAGCAGUGGUGAGGGGAAAGCAGCCUGAGUGGUUCACUGGGGGGAGUCACAACCGUCUUCUGGAAGUGUUAUUUUCACCAGUAAGUGACCAGCUUAUAAGCUCUUCAGAUAAUAGCCUUUUAAUUGUACAUAAGAGUCUUUAACCAUCAAAACCCGCUCUGCCGCCCAAGCAAAUCUCCCCAGCAGAGGGGCAGCACCUUACAUGUACACUUGUGGAGGAGGGGCGUGUCUUUCUGUGCUAUGUAUGUUUUGUGGCUCUGUCUCCUGAUACUCAUUUUAGAUUUCCUACUGUUUUUUGGGCGAAGGCACAGGGAACCCAUGCUGCUGUCUCGUCAAUGCUUGCGUCCAGCGCAUGCUGCCUGUUGCUUUGGAUAGUGGACUCACCGGGGUGGGACAUCCCUUCCUGUCCUCUGUCCUGUAUAGUCACCUCUUUGUAACCACCUCUGUAUUGCUACAAAAGCUAGAAAGCACAGUUUUGCAUCGAACUUUUAUUCCCUCAGCCAAGAGGAAAUCCCUGCCAAGGGAAAGCCGAAGUAUUUCUCUGAGGGGAAAAAAGGUCUUUGGAAAAAUACUGUUAAGUACAGUAAGCUGGCUUGUUAUUCACAGUUCAUCUUUUACGCCCUAAUGUCAUGCUGUGAAAUAGGCUGAAGCUUGCCUGCCAGAUAUUUAAAGCAGCUUAAAAUUUGAAUGGUGUCCUGGAAAAGAGCAGAGCUGCCACACAUGCUGCUGGUUUAUAAACGGCACAGAAUUUGCUUAAGCUGGGCUGCUUGUAGCGAAAAAGGAUGCUGAUGACUGGAGAGAUUGAUUUGCCUUUCUCACAGAUGUGCUUGUCUUGGAGUAGUGCCUGGGGGAGCGUGACUGUGUGGAAAAGCAGCACGUCAGAGCAGAAAUAAUGUCAUGCAGCCCAAUGACUGCAGAAGAUCCCAGCCCGGAGCUCGCCUCGGGGUAUAAAGCCGGCAGACAGAGCAAAAGUAGCAGCGAGCUGCGCAGGAGAGAAGCACAGGCUGUGGAGGACAGGAGCAUCCACCCGCUCCUGCUGCUUGCAUGCUGUGCUUGCAGCCCCUGGGCUGAGCGAGACGGCGUGAGCGCUGCUCUUGCCGAUGAGUUAUUUCCAAACUGGAGGAGCAGAGCGGUGCUUCGGAGAUGUUGUCCUGUUUUGUGUGGCUCUUCCUCCCUGACGUGGUUAACGCCUUUGCAAUGCUGGGAAAGCUGCCCCUCAACGGGAGCCUGGAGAAGACUUUUGUAAUCCCGAACAUCUCAGGUUUCUUUUCCUGGGAUAAUGACAGCCUGGCUGACUGGCAGAGCUUUGUGGGCAGGAGCCGGUACGGAGCGGAGUCCCAGAGCGUCACAGUGAAAGUCCUGCUCAUCGCGGCGUACUCCUUCAUCAUUGUCUUCUCCCUCUUCGGCAAUGUCCUGGUCUGUCACGUUGUCAUCAAGACCAAACGCAUGCACUCUGCCACUAGCUUGUUUAUUGUGAACCUGGCUGUAGCCGAUAUCAUGAUCACGCUCCUCAACACGCCUUUUACGCUGGCUCGUUUUGUGAACAGUACCUGGAUCUUUGGGAAGGGGAUGUGCCAUGUCAGUAGGUUUGCACAGUACUGCUCCCUCCACGUCUCUGCCUUGACCCUCACAGCCAUUGCCCUGGACAGGCACCAGGUUAUAAUGCACCCUCUGAAACCUCGCAUAUCUACUGCAAAAGGUGUUAUCUACAUCUCAGUAAUCUGGAUCAUGGCAACUUGUUUUUCCCUACCACAUGCUAUCUACCAGAAACUCUUUACCUUUGAAUACAGCGAGGAGGUUACCCGGUGCCUGUGCCUGCCGGAUUUCCCCGAGCCUGCUGACCUCUUUUGGAAGUACCUCGACUUAACAACCUUCAUUUUGCUCUAUGUCCUGCCCCUUCUGAUCAUUUCUGCUGCCUACAUGACGGUGGCCAAGAAACUCUGGCUGCGCAAUGUCAUCGGGGAUGUCACCACUGAGCAGUACUUCGCCCUUCGCAAAAAGAAUAAGAAGACCAUAAAGAUGCUGAUGCUUGUUGUCAUCCUCUUCGCAGUCUGCUGGUUCCCCUUGAAUUGCUACGUUGUCCUUCUCUCCAGCCAGACCAUCCACACCAAUAAUGCCCUGUACUUCGCCUUCCACUGGUUCGCAAUGAGCAGCACCUGCUACAACCCCUUCAUCUACUGCUGGCUCAAUGACAGCUUCCGAUCAGAACUGAAGGCUUUGCUCAACAUGUGCAGAAAACCUCCCAGGCCCACAGAACAGCGGCUUCCCUCCACAGUCCUGUCCUACCAACUGGCUUGGCCAGAAAACACCAACUUCAGGAGGUUACAGGCCCCCCAUGUCCUUCCACCAGCCUCCAACAUCCAGUCAGGAAAGACAGACAUCUCUGUGGUUAAGCCGAUAGUAGCUGCAAGCUGAACAGUGGCCCUGUAAAAUCUGUGCAACCACAUGGGAUAAAACCAAGCAGGAGGUUCUGCAGGAGGUAGUAUGGAAGAGCGGCAUGUUUGAUGCAGGCUGAUGAUAGUGGCAUGAAGUCCCUAAAGGGGAGAAAGCAAACUCCUCCCGGGAGGGAGGGAACUCUCUUUGUCAACUUGACUUUGGGCCAGCUUGCAGGGUGGGACUCUUUGCAUGUAUGUCGCUGUUAUCUGCAUGACUAAGCCUUUUCACCGCUGGGGCUGUGUGUGUGUUUUGCUGGUACUUAAAACACUAAAGCAAGAAUCUAAUCACAUCAGGUCUCCCUUCCCCUUUUCCAAGUCUUUUUGUAGCAACAUGGCAAUGAUCGAGAUGUAGACCUUUAGGCUGCUGGCUUAGAUCCAGUGCAACUGGUUAGGAAGCAUCCUUUCUUAACUGGCGUCUGAAAAGUCCAGAUCUGUUCAGAAUGAAUGAACCGAUGUGUUUCACAGAUCCUGGGGUUUUGUGGAAACAGCCUCAGAGAAGUGGGAGGUAAGAUGGACGUUGAUAAAUAGAAGAGUCCCUUACAUUGCAGGCACUUUUUCUAGGUAGGGUAGAAGAAAAAUGGAUGCCUCUUCUUUGUGUAAGGAGAUGGUGAACACCAACCUGUCCGCUUGGCAUCUGCUGCCCGUGCUAAAUCACACAGAUUUUUUCUUUCCUAAGAUAAAGUAAUGAAUAUUCAGACAGGUUUUCUUCAAAUAGAGAAAUAAACCCCUAAGAGCUACUUUGGAGAAUGUCGGACAUACCACCCAUAGUUGGAGAAUGGGUAAAUACACACGAGACUGAGUUUGGGCUAGGACCUUUCGAUCAGAGCAUCUUUGCAUUAUUGUCAAGUGGCAGCUAAAGGAUCCCACACUCUAACAUUUUAAUUUGCCUUUGAACGUUGCUCUCUUAUCCCAUAAAGUGCCUGGGAACUUCUCAGAUCAGGUGUUCGGGACAUUUCAUCCCAACUAAGAUGCAGCUCUCUACAAUCAGUACAUAAAUGAAUUGCUUUGAGAGAACAGAUGAUAUCUCUGAUAGCAAGUAAUACAAACGGAACAUUUCUCUGCAAGGUAGCCUCUAGUGAUCGCACAAUUCUGGUACAUUUAAAGACAAGCGUGCCAUCUCCUUCUCAGGAUGGGCAAGAAAAUUCAUGUGGCUGCAACUGUCUGGAGUAGUUUGCAGAACUUAAUGUUCUUAGCAGAAGAAAAGCUGAUUUUGAAUAACAAAAAAUAGGGGCAUUCCAAAAGCUGUACCUUGUAAUGCACAGGAAAGCAGUAAUUCUCAAUUAGCUUGAAUGUCACACAAGGGUGCCCCAUUCCACAUUCAACUUGCAGCAGCCAGCAGUGAAGAGAGAAAGCUCUUCUUUUUAUAAAUGGCUAUAAAUGGCAGAGAAAAAAAAAAAAUAAAAAGAAACCCUGUUUUUCCCGAUGUCCUGUAAUACACUUACAUUUCUGAAAUCAUUUUAAGCCUUGUGCAGCUUUUUCACACCGAGUAUUUAAAGAGACUGAAAUGCCUGCCACUCCUUGCAGCUAGGCUGUCACAAGGUGUUACCAGUCUCUCACUUUGAAUCCAGCGCUGUUUUACGCCCCUUUAUCAAGGCCCCAUGGAUCAGAGUAUUCUGUAUCACUGAUAUGCAGAAUCAAACCUUUCCUGCUGCCUGUUCAGCCCCGUAAACCAGCUCCCUUUUCCUCCCUUAACAUUUGCAAUGUCAGCCCUGAAGUGGUCAGGCAGUCAGACUAGAUGAUCAUCGCAGGUCCCUUCCAACUGAAAUUCUACUAUUUACCAGAAAAUAAGCCUUUGGGAAUGCUAAGUACCUACGAAUCUAUGAAUUUCAAAGAGGAAAGUGGUGAAGGGGUAUUUUUAAAACCAUAGUAACCUGGACAUACUCUGAACUGCUCUAAAUCAGACCCAUUUCCCAUUUUGGUUGCACAAGACCUAACCUAUGUGUUCACUAUAAGAAGAAUUCAAUUAACAUGCCAUGAGAGAAGCAAGGACCUCGGCCCGUUUCUGCGCCACAAGAGAGAGAGGUCUGGUAGUGUUGGGAAACCCUCUUCAGGAGAGUUUGGGAAGUUAGCCCACCGCCUCCAAAGUCCACUCAUUGGACAUUAUCUUUUCAUUUUUCCCUUUGCCUCUUCCUUUCUUGUAAUCACAAACUCCAAUUUAAUUUCGGGGUCCCUCAUAACCCCUUGUAGUCAUCUUAUUACUUUUUGACUAUUAAAACAUUUCUCCCAGAUACUAAAGUAUUUUCCAAGAGAGGGAAAGUGUAUGCGUGCACAUAUGGGCAAGGGAUAAAGCAACAAAUUAGAUACUACAUUCGGUUCCCUCAGUCAAAAUAAAAAUGGUCUGUUUAUGUGCAGUUUCUAGCAGCAAAUGUUCACUCAUUGGUAGCAAAGAGGAGAGAGAAGAGCGCUGAGGAGGAAGCUGAGAGGGGAGGGAGCGUGUGGUGGCAGCAGGGGGAAGAAGGGACUGAGAGGCAGGACACAAGGGCAGGGGUUGGUGUGAGGAACGGCGAUACAGGGAGCCAACGCUCUCUUCUUCCCACCUUAAUUUUGUCCCAAGUUUUGUAAAUGCCGAACAAAACUAUUCUGAAGGCUACGUCUUUGUAGUUUUGUAUUCAUUAAUAAAAAUCUUUCUUUA